UGUUGGUCUCAUAAAUACGAGAGCACAUGGUUGCAAGUUCCGGAGCUUGAGAAAUAAAAAAGAUAUGAUUUUUAUUGUAGUUUUUUUUAACAACAAAUAGUCAUCUUUAUUUUAAUAACAUAGAUUUCAAUAAAAGUAAAUAAUUUCUUCAAAAAUCGAAAGCAGAAAAAUAUAUUUUACAUAACCUCACAUUAGUUAUAAGGAAACAAUUUUAGUGUCAUACAAUAUGGGUCGAAAAGCUAAAUUUGAUGAACAAAUUAAUAAAGGUACUAGACGUAAAAGUAAAAAUCAUCAAGAACCAGUUUUUGCUGAAGGAUUGAUAGAAAAAGAAAAAGGAAAACCAAGUCAUAGACAAGCACAAAGAGCAAAAAAAAGAUUGUUGAAACAAAAACAAAAAGAAGAAAGGAAAAAAGUUAAGCAACAAACCAUCAAUAAUAAUAAGCAAAAUGAAAGCCCUAAAUUAAGUAAAAAGAGGCAAGUACAAGAUGAGGAUAAUAUUCUACAACCUAAAACUAAAAAAUUAAAAACAGCAGAUCAACAGUUACCAAAACUACAAUUAUUUAAGGAAAGCAAAGCUAAUAAACUAACUGAUGAAUUCAACAAAAAAAAGAAAUCAAAAUUGGUUACAGAAAAAAGUAUACCAGGACAAAAUAAGAAAAUGCAAAUUGAUCAGAAAGAUAAAUUAAAAAAUACAUCAGUAAAUAGAAAAGUAACGAAUGGAAUAGAUAUCUUGAAUAAAGCCAUAAAUGGAAAGAAAAACCUAAAAAAUAAAAGUAAAUCACAAGUGAUUACUCCUAAACAAGUAGAUGGUAAAAAAUCAAAACUAAAAAAAAAUAAUGCAAUCCAAAAUAAUAAGAGUAAAACCAAAAUAGUAAAUAAAAAAGAUAAUCUACAAAAUCCAAAAAAUGAUUCUGUAAUGAGAAUUGUUAAGCAAAAGAAAAUUCACUCUAUAGUAGAAAAAUUCAUGUAUGUAAGUGAUGAUAGUGACAACGAGGAUAAGGAUAGAGAUAAUGAAGCUGAUAAAUACUUAUCAGAGGAUGAAAUAGAAGAAACUGAUGACUACUUAAGCAGAUCAGUCAAUAAAAGUUCAAGUGAUAGUGAAGAACUAGAUCAAGAUUCAGAUGAAAAUCCAUCUGAUAUGGAAAAUGAGGAUAGCGAUGAUCACAAUGACAGUGAAAUGAAAGAUGAGGACAAUGAUGAUGAAGAUGAUUAUGAGAAUGAUGAUGAUGACGAUGAUGAUGAUGAUGACGACGAUGACGAUGAUGAUGAUGAUGAUGAUGGUGAUAAUGGUCUAUUACCGAUUGAGAAAGCUAAUAAAAGGUUGAAGAAGAAACAAGAAAAAGAGAGAAAACUAGCUGAAGCAGAAAUGAAUGAAAGUAUAAUGCAACAGCAAAUAUUUAAUUUCCCUACUAAGGAAGAGCUUGAAAAUCCAACAAAUCUUAAAGAUAUACAGCAACGAAUUCAAGAUGUUGUAAUGGUAUUAUCUGAUUUUAAGAAACUGAGGCAACCUGAAAGAUCUAGGACUGAGUAUAUAGAAUUACUCAAAUCAGACUUGUGUACAUACUUUAGUUACAAUGAAUUUUUAAUGGAUAAACUUAUGCAAAUCUUUCCAUUGAGCGAACUGCUUGAAUUUUUGGAAGCUAGUGAAGUUCAAAGACCUAUGACCAUUCGUACAAAUACAUUAAAAACACGUCGGCGAGAUUUGGCACAAGCACUGAUAAACAGAGGUGUCAACUUAGAUCCCAUUGGAAAAUGGACAAAUGUUGGUUUAGUUGUAUAUUCAUCUCAAGUACCAAUGGGUGCAACCCCAGAGUACUUAGCUGGUCAGUACAUUUUACAAGGAGCAUCUAGCUUCCUUCCAGUUAUAGCUUUGGAACCAAAACCAAAUGAAAGGAUAUUAGAUAUGUGUGCAGCACCCGGGGGCAAAUCUUCACAUAUUGCGGCUUUAAUGAGAAAUACCGGUGUCUUAUUUGCAAAUGAUGUAAACAAGGACAGAAUUAAAGCAGUUAUAGGUAAUUUUCAUAGAUUGGGUAUUACAAAUUCAGUUAUUUGUAGUUAUGACGGGAGAAAAAUACCGUCGGUGAUAAAGGGAUUUGAUAGAGUGCUGUUAGAUGCACCUUGCACAGGUACAGGUGUAGUUGCUAAAGAUCCAAGUGUGAAAACGAAUAAAGAUGAAGCAGAUUUACAAAGGUGUUUCACGUUACAACGCGAAUUACUUUUAGCUGCUAUAGAUUCGGUGAAAGCACGAUCGGGAACGGAACCCGGUGGAAUCAUUGUAUAUUCGACUUGUUCUAUACUCCCUGAAGAAAAUGAAAUGAUCGUUGAUUAUGCAUUAAAGAAACGAAACGUAAUGCUGUAUCCAACUAAUUUGGAAUUUGGAGCUGAUGGAUUUACGAACUAUAGGCAACACCGAUUCCAUCCUUCAUUAAAGUUAACUAAACGCUUUUAUCCUCAUAUGCAUAAUAUGGAUGGAUUCUAUGUUGCGAAAUUCAAGAAAUUUUCAAAUAUUAUUCCGAAACAAAUAAAAAAUGUUGAAGAAGAUUAAGAAAAAUCAGAUUAGAAAC